CACUUCUCCGUCUGCCUGCUAACUUAUUGAGUGAGCAUUUACAAAUGCAAAAGGAAAACCUGUUUGAGACCUUCCAUCAACCAAAGAUUGAACGCUGUUGAGAAAAGGUUUUCCGGUCAAUCUCUGACCAGUGGGACUCCCAUUCAGGGAAUGGAGGCUGUGGCCAAGUACGAGUUCAACGGAGCUGGAGAGGAUGAGCUGAGUUUCAAGAAAGACGACAUCCUGAAGGUACUGAGCACUGAAGAUGACUGGUACAAGGCCGAACUACAUGGGCAUGAGGGCUUUGUGCCAAAGAACUACAUUGACAUCAAUGUACCCAGCUGGUUCCAUGGUGGGAUCGCUCGCAAUGAGGCAGAGUCCAUCCUGUUAGCGCAGGACGUGGGAUUCUUCCUCAUCAGGGCCAGCCAGAGUUCCAAGAAUGAGUUUUCCAUCUCAGUCAGGCAUGAGGAGGACGUACAGCAUUUUAAAGUAUUGCGCGAUGGUAAGGGACACUAUUUCUUGUGGUCGGAGAAAUUUGACUCACUGAACAAACUGGUGGAAUAUUACAAAGUCAGCUCAAUCUCCAAAACCACACAGAUCUACCUGCGCGAGUCCAAAAAAGAAACAAAGGGAGGUUUUACCCAUCCUGACUCGCGAAUGGCAGAUCCACGAAUGAUGAGCUCUCGAGCAUCUAAUCCCAGAUUCCCAGAUCCCCGAUCAUCUAAUCCCAGAUUCCCAGAUUCCCCAUCGUCAAAUCCCAGAUUCCCAGAUCCCCGAGUGUCUAAUCCCAGACUCCCAGAUCCCCGAAUGCCAGAUUUCCGAAUGUCUAAUCCCCGAAUUCAAGACUCCAGAAUGCCAGAUUCCCGAAUUCCGGAUUUCCGAAUGCCAGAUUCCCGAGUACCAGAUCCACGGCCAGCUAUCCCGCCAGGGCCCAGCGCACAUUUCUCUGAGCCCUCGUCAGUGUUCAGAAAGGGUCUCAACUCCCAGCCAUCAUUCAAUGACGUGUCACCCAGGUUCAGGCAGUCUCCCAGCCCACAGCCCCCUUUCCAGGAACUACCUGCCACCAGGAAAGCCAAUGAGAACCCACCAGCACUGAAACUCAGGAGGGUCCAGGCAAUGUUUGAUUUCUCAGCCGAGGCGGACGAUGAGCUGGAGUUUAAGACUGGAGACAUUAUCGAGGUCUUGGACAACACAGACCCCUCAUGGUGGAAGGGUUGUCUAUGGGGAAGGAUUGGUUUAUUCCCAAGUAACUACGUGGCGCCAAUUAACCGGUGACACCCCUCCUCCCCUCAGCCUCCGGAAAGUUGUUGUUUGUCUUUCCCGCUCCUCACCGUCGUGGUCAAUAAAAUAUGUUCUUGAUUUAA